UGGACCGUCUUCUGGUGGAGCUAGGCAGCGGCAUGCUACUGGAGAAGGUCAAGUCCAAGAGCAACAGGCAGCAACGGAACUUCUGCUUGGACCUGCAGAAGAAAUUCAUCUACUACGAACCGUCCAAGAAAAAACUCCACGAUUUGGCAAUUCCUUUCACCAAAUUAAAAGAAAUCAGAGAGGGGGAAAAGGAGUAUUCCAAGAAAUUUGCAGAAAAUGAAAAACACCUGUGUUUUGUGGUGAUUUACGACCCCCGGAAAUGCUUGUACCUGAAGGCGCCCAGCAAGGAGAGCAGGGACAAAUGGGUGCGGGCACUCCGGUUUUCCAUGGACCAGCUGGCUGACCAGAGGAACGCCACGGACAGGAACAUACAGCAAGCUUUCAAUAGAGCGGACGUCAACGACGACGGAAAUCUGGAUUUUGAGGAGGUCAUGAACCUCAUGCACGUGCUCAACGCUGACGUAGAGCGGAAGUACGCGAGGGAGCUGUUUGAGGCGGCAGACACCAACAGGAACAUCAGCAAACGUAAGGGCAGCGUGCUGGACAGGGAGGAGUUCGUCCAUUUUUAUCAUCGGCUCACUCGGCGGGUGGAGAUCGAGGAGGUUUAUCUGGGAUAUACAAAGGGCAAAGGUUGCAUGACAUUGCAAGAUUUGUUGUCUUUUUUGAGAAGUGGACAAAAGAUGGUUGGUGCCACUGAAGACCACUGUCGAAAAAUUAUAGAGGAAUUUGAAACGGAAAAAGAUUACAGAAAGAAAAAUCAGCUGAGUUUGGAAGCUUUCAGAAAAUUUUUGACCUCUGAGCGCCAGGAACUCUUUAACCCCGCCCACAGGGUUGUUUAUCAGGACAUGAAUCGACCUAUGACAGAUUACCUUAUUGCCUCCUCUCAUAACACAUACCUUGAAGCAGAUCAGCUUACUGGAAACAGUAAUGUAGAAAUGUAUAUAACAGCAUUAAAGAAGGGCUGCAGAUGUGUCGAAUUGGAUUGUUGGGAUGGCCCAAACAAAGAACCAAUCAUCUAUCAUGGCUACACCUUAACCUCUAAAAUAUCCUUCCGUAGUGUUAUCAGGGCCAUCAACGACUAUGCAUUUAAAUCUUCGCCGUUCCCUGUAACAUUAUCUAUAGAGAACCACUGUGGUUUAGAGCAGCAGCAAGCAAUGGCUGACAUCAUGUCUUCUGUAUUUGGAAAUAAAUUGUGGUGCCCUCAGACAGAUGUGAUAAAGACCCCUUCACCUGAACAACUGCGCAACAAAAUAAUUGUAAAGGGCAAGAGAUUGCCCCAAUCCACAUCUGGUAGUGAUGAAGUUAGUGAUGAAGAUGAGGCGGCAGAGUUGCCGAAAGAGGCUAUGCAAGUCACCAAACAGAGCAAACCAGCAACGCACCACAAAAUCAAACUUCACCCAGCCCUUAGCGAGGUCACCACCAUGAAAAGUAUCAGCUUUGAAAGGGCAGAAUCAUCAACAGAUCCGUCUUUCAAUGUUUUAUCCUUAAGUGAAAGCAGGUUAGCUAAAAUGAUCCAAACAAAUCCACAGAGCCUCAACAAGCUUUGCCGGAACUGUAUGAUCCGGGCUUAUCCGGCAGGUUCCCGGACAGAUUCCAGUAACUACAACCCAAUCCCAAUAUGGAUACAUGGUGUUCAGCUUGUUGCUUUGAAUUAUCAGACUGGUAGUGAUCCGAUGUUCUAUAAUCAUGGCCUUUUCCUGGAUAACGGUGGAUCAGGAUAUGUCCUCAAGCCAGAUUUUAUGUUAUCAGAAGCUAAGUUCUUAAAAGCUAUUCAGAGUGAAACUAUUAUAAGAAAAUUAACUAUCACAGUGAUAAGUGGUUUUCAGCUACCAAAACCAAAUGACAGUCUUAGAGGUGAAAUUAUUGAUCCAUUUAUUAAAGUUGACAUUUUGGGAGUACCAUAUGAUCUAGCACAGUCAAAAACUAGAGCUAUUUUAAAUAAUGGUUUCAAUCCCAGAUGGUAUGAAACAUUUGAUUUUCUGUUGAGACGUCCAGAGGUGGCACUCUUAAAGUUUACAGUGUUAGAUGAAGAUAUGGGGAAAGAUGAUUUUAUCGGUUACUACUGCCUGCCAGUACGCUGCAUUCAAGAAGGUUUUCGUCAUUUUCCAAUUUAUGACAGUAAUGGUGUUAAGUGCAGUCAAGCAUUAAUUUUUGUGCACAUCACAGUGACAGACACAUGAUAACUGCAUUUAAAAUUGAGGUUCUACCACUUGUUGCAGACUAGUAAAAAAUUGUGCCCAAUAAAACUCAAUAUUGAAAAAAACAUUAAUUACAAUUGGAAUAAGUUUUGUCUCACACUUGAUACUAUACUUUAUUUUCAAUUAUAACUUUGUUUAUAUUUUUAAUGUUACAAACAUUUAUUUACUUUUGUUAAUGUUUAUAAAAUCAACUCCAUACUCUUUAUUUGUUUGUUAAUGUAAUCUCUAAUAAUAUAUAAACUUUAUCUAUACAUACCGUUAUUAUAUAGAUUUACAAAUAUUAAUAUACUUUUAAAAUGUUGCUGUAACUGUAAAUAUUAAUUGGGUUGUGUUGAAUUUAAAAAAUAUUCCAUUUGUAUUUCAUCACCAAUUAUGUUUAAUCACAUCCUAAUUGAUAAGCCCAUUAAAGUUUAAAGCAUUUAUACUGACAGAUCAAAAUGUUUUACAAAAUUUAUAAUGUCACUGAUAUUACAUGUGCUGAUAAGUUGUGCUGUUGAUGAUGGGCACCAUUGAACAUUUUUUCACUACUAAAAUGCCUGUAACUUUAUGUAAAAAAAUGUUAGCAGCUUUCAAUAUGGCAUCUAGAAUCAUUACAAUCUUGGGACAGCUGCAUACAUUUUUCACUUUGGUUGGGAAAGGGGCAAAAAAUAGAGAAAAGAAUUAUUUUUCUAAGGGGUAGAGUGCUUAGAGAUAUAUUUAUGAAUGUAAAUAUGUUUAAAAUUGGCCUAUAUACCUAUGGGUGCCCACAUGAUUUUAUUUAUUUUUCUCCUAUAUGUAUUUUUUUUCCCAUGGCUACAUAUUCGUGGAUCGCCACUAGUAAAAACUAUAUACAAUAGAAAAUAACCAAUUGUUUAUUUAAUUUUGUAGACGCUAUAAAGUGGAAACUAUGCAAGUGAAAUAAAAUUGCUGUUGCAAAGCAAAAGACAAUUCUGUAAUAUUUUAUUUUUAAACUUUACUUUUUCCUUGCUUUUGAAAUGUAAUAUAUGCAAAUUAAAAUUGUUAUAUUUGUAACUUAAUUUAAACAUUUUAUACCCAGUUGAGGGACAUGUCUUUCUUGCAUAAUAAGAAUCUCAUUAUGAUGUCAUACAUGAUUAAUUUAAGCCCUUGACUGUUAAUCUUCUUGACAGAGUAUUAUUAAGAGUUCAAGAUUUAAAAUAAUUGGGUCAGAACAGAAAAUUUUUGUACACUGAUUUAAAUGCCACCUUGUUAAAAAGUCCCUGAACAUUGUUUAUCUACAAAGUUUAAAGACUAAUCGCAUUUAAAAUUUUAUUAAAUUUAUUCAACUGUAGUUAGUUUAGUUGGCCAUAGUUUUUUCUAAAAGAAAUGUAUGAAACCUUUAGCAGUGCAAAUUGUAUCAUAAAUUGAUCAAUUUUUUAGAAUAUUUUGGUACUUGGGUCUGUGUAAUUAGCAUUAGCAAAAAACUAGGUUAGUUGAUUGCAAAAAAAAAAUUCACCAGUUGAGUUAUUUAGUCUCCCAAAGCUUUAGAGAAAACAAAAUCUUCCACUGUGUAUAUAUAAAUGUGCACCAAAUAUAUUGGCAGCAUAUUGAUAUUUGUGAUUUUAUACUUACCUAGUGCACACCUAAGUCUAGUAGAACCCAGUUUCUGGGUUCAGCUGUGGUAGCUGCUUCAAGUACGAUGAACUUUAAUUGCUAACCACACAAUCCAUUAAUAUAUGGAGGUAAAAUAAAACAAAUGUAUCAUACUCUGCCACUGAGUAAAUGUUUUUUACUUGUACAAGGAGCAGGUUGUUUUUAACCUACUAAUCAAGCAUUUCAAUAUAUAUUUUUCUAAUUUGAUCAAUCAUCUCAACAAUUAAAUGGCUCUUAAGUCUUAUUACUAGGCAUUUCACAUGUAUUUUUUUGUAUUGGAAUGUGAAGUAUGUGAUCUAUAUAUAUAUAUAUCAAUUUAAUGUGGUUAAAAAAUGAUUUAGGCAACAAUUUUCAUUAAGUAAUAAAAUAAGGGAGUUUUAACAAAAUUGCA